AUGAAGAAAAAGAAGCCUUCAUCUGCCGAGGAAGUCGCCGCCGUCGACGAAGAUGCACGCCGGCGUCACCACGAGCAGGAAAUCCUCAAGGCGGCGGCACAGGCCUGGUAUUCCCACUCGGGGAUAAAGUACUCCAACCCCACGACGAGCGAGCACGACGCUCACCGGCGCAGCUUCCACGGCCACCGUCCUUCCAGGUUCCGGACAGAGGCAUUGAUCGGCGGUCGCAAGUCGAUUGCCGCCGCCGGCGGCGGCGGCUGGGAUUUCAGGCAGUCGCUGCUGGAUUCACAUGAGAUUGUCGCCGUUUCUAGGAAGCUGGAGAGUAGAGGGAUUGUUGCUUUGGAUGGCGGCGGCCGGAAUCGGAGGAAGGUGGAAAGGGAGAGCAGGAGUAGUCUUAGGAAUUUGUUGCACCGCAUAUUUUUGUAG